AUGGUAAAAAUUAUUUGAAUGAAAUCGAUCAUGAAACGUUUAUUAAAUUCAUUAUGUAAUUUAAAUCUGUUAUUGAAUAAAAAAUUUGAUGUACCAAUUUUUCGUGUACAUUCAUCAAAUAUAUCGGUCAUAAAGACGCCCGUAGAUUUUUAUGAAACUUUAAAGAAUCUUUCUGAUCAAUCAACAAAACGAAUUUGCAUAUCAUCACUGUAUAUAGGAACCGAUCAUCUUGAAAAAGAUCUUGUUGAAAGCUUUUAUCAAGCCAAAUCAAAAUCACCUGAUUUAAAUCUAACAAUUUUACUUGAUUAUAAUCGUGCUACACGUGAAACACCGAAAUCCGAUCAAUCCAAUGGACCAACUUCUUCAAAAUCCAUUCUAUUACCGUUGAUAAAUCAGGGAGCAAAUGUAAAUUUUUACUUAACACAUUUAACUAGUCGACAUUAUGGAUUAUGGCGACGACCCAAAUGGAAUGAAUUAAUCUCUUUGCAUCAUAUGAAACUAUACAUUUUUGACAAUAACAUUAUUAUAAGCGGUGCAAAUUUAAGUGAUACAUAUUUUACUAAUCGUCAAGAUCGUUAUAUAUUGAUACGUGAUUCACCAACACUUUGUGAUUAUUUUGAUCAAUUAAUUCAAACAAUUGGACAAUUUUCACUUAAACUCAAUACAACCGGUGAUUUUCAAUUACAUGAUAAUUGGCAUUAUGAUCCAAGAAAAUUUUUUCAUCGAUAUUUAUUCAAAAUUAAUGCCCAUAAAGCUAUCAAAAAUUUGAACAAUGAUUUUUCAGCUAAAACAACCUUUAAUCAUCAUAAUAUUAAUGAUGAUGUUGUCGAUACAAUUGUUUUUCCAUUAUUACAAAUGAAAAGUUUGAAAAUUCGUGAUGAAGAAAAAUUUACUUCAUGUUUGUUUGAAAAUCAAUGGCCCAAAUCAACCAGACUCGAUAUAGCUACUGGUUAUUUUAAUCUGAUUCAAAAAUAUCAGAAAAAAUUGACAGAAAAUUCUUGCCUUUCCCCACCGACAACUAUUCUUAUGGCUUCAGAAGAAGCUAAUGGAUUCUAUGAAGGAAAUGGUCUUUUACGUUAUGUGCCUUAUGUUUAUACAUAUUAUGUACGAAAAUUUCUUCAAAGAAUCAAUAAAUUAUCUAAUCCGAAUCAGAUUUCAAUACGUUAUUAUGAUCGACCAAAAUGGUCAUUUCAUGGUAAAGGAAUUUGGUUACAAACACCCGAAUAUUAUCUAACAAUGGUUGGAUCAACUAAUUUUGGUUAUCGUUCUGUAUAUCGUGAUAAUGAAGCCCAAUUAGUAAUCAUCACAAAAAACGAACGAUUAAAGGAAACAUUUCAAUCUGAAUUUGUUGAUUUAGUUCAUCAUAGUCGUACGAUUCGAAAUUGGCAAACAGAUUUACCAAGAAUACCAUUUCUAAUACCAUUUAUAUCAAACAUUUUUCGAAGUUUAUUCUAAAACAACUAUACUAGACGAUAAUAGUAAUUUAAU